AUGCGUGCCAUUCAAUCGAAGAACGGCGACUCACAACCCGAGCAACAAAUCAGACAAAAGCCUAGGGUCGUACAACCACCAGCCAACAAGCACAAGAAACGCUACCAGUGCGACGUCGCCGACUGCGGCAAAGCCUUCUACCAGAAGACACACCUAGAAAUCCAUACUCGCGCCCACACCGGCAUCAAGCCCUUCCUAUGCAAAGAACCAUCCUGCGGCCAGCGAUUCAGCCAACUCGGCAACCUCAAGACCCACGAGAGGAGGCACACCGGCGAGCGGCCAUACCACUGCGACAUUUGCGGCAAGACUUUUGCCCAGCACGGCAACGUACGAGCCCACAAGAUCGUCCACACAGCGGCGAAGCCUUUCACAUGCAGACUGGACAACUGCAACAAACAAUUCACACAGCUCGGCAACCUCAAAUCACACCAGAACAAGUUCCACGUCGAGACCAUCCGCCGCUUGAAGCAACGAUUCGAAACGAUUCAGGAGGGCGACGUGGUUGACAGCUGGGAGAAGGAGAUGUGGGAGUACUUUGUCAACCUGUACAAGAACUGCAAUAAGGGCAUCAAGGGACGUGGCAAGGACAGGAGAAUCAGCACGACUUCGAGACGAGACAGCAUCACAAGCGGAGGGUCGUCGAGUGGCAGCGGCUUUGAUAUGGACGGAAUGUCCUUGCAACAACGGUUUUAUUGA